AUGCAUUCCAACAUGUUCGCCGCCAGCUUGCUGGCCACGGCGGCGUUCAUGUCGACUACAAUGGCAUCACCCAUUUUCGGAGGUCGCUCUACUGCCGUGAAGAGGGCCUUCUCUCAACCAAGCCUGGCUGUCUACUGGGGACAAGGACCCAACCAGAAACGCUUGGCCGACUUCUGCGCGGAUACUACCAUGGACAUCAUUCCCAUUGGUUUCGUCAAUGUCUUCCCGGAUCAAACUGGCGGCCCGGGAACAAAUUAUGGCAAUGCUUGCGGCUCUGUCACCUGGAAGGCGCCCGACGGGACCCAAACCAAUGUCUACACGACAUGCGACCAGAUUGCAGAGGAUAUUGCUGUCUGCCAGGCUAUAGGCAAAAAGAUCUUUGCCUCGAUUGGGGGUGAAGCUUCUGGGAACUUCAUCGCCUCAUCGGACUCCGCCAAAGCCUUUGCCGACUUCCUCUGGGGUUCAUUCGGCCCUCUUCAGGAUCCUACCUUGGUGCAAUAUCCCCGACCGUUUGGCCUGAAUACCGUUGUGGACGGCUUCGACUUGGAUAUCGAGUCGGGAGGUGAUUUCGGCUACGCCGACCUGGUCAAUGAGCUGCGAGUCAAGUUCGCAACGCAAAGCUCCAAGACCUUCUAUAUCUCGUCCGCACCACAGUGUGUGGUACCAGAUGCUCACCUUGACGACGCGAUCAAGAAUUCAGUGAUUGACUAUGUGUUCGUCCAAUACUACAACACCGAUCAAUGCUCAGCAGCGUCGUUGUUCAGCUCGGGUUCUCUCAACACCGCCACCGACAUCACCUUUGGCUGGGCGCAGUGGCUCAAAGACAACUCAAUGAACCAGAACAUCAAGAUGUUCUUGGGUCUGCCGGCGUCAAAGACGGCCGCUAACCCCAACCACUACCUCGACCUGGACCAAGCGCAGGCUCUGAUUGAGGAAUAUGCCUGCUCAAGCACCUAUCAAUCCCUCUUCGGAGGUGUGAUGAUCUGGGAGGCCACCUACUCGGACAACAACCAGCUCAACGGACAUCUUUGGAGAGCUCUCUUGCGCGCCGCCGACGACGACUACCACCUCAUCGACAACAACCACAACAACAACCACGAGCUCGACAACUACCACAACCACUACAACUACCACCACAACGACCACAACGACGACGACAACAACCACGAGCUCGCCAAUUCCUACCACAACACCUACCACAACCACUACAACCACUACAACUACAACGACCACAACAACGACUCCGCCUCCACCGACUACCACACCGGCUGCUCCUACUUCGAGCUCGCCCUCGACCUCGUCUCCGACUACGUCAAGCACCACUUCAGAAGCUCCUCUUCCAACGACAAGCUCUGA